GGGGCGGCGGCGUUUGAAAGCGCCGCGAGGGGGGGCGGCGCCAACGGCCGCUGAGGUGAGGGCGCGGGGGGGCGGCGGGGAGGGGCGGCCGCAGGAGCGGGCCAUGGCGCACAAACAGAUCUACUACUCCGACAAGUACGACGAUGAGGAGUUCGAGUACCGGCACGUGAUGCUGCCCAAGGACAUCGCGAAGCUGGUGCCCAAGACCCACCUGCUCUCGGAGUCGGAGUGGCGGAACCUGGGCGUGCAGCAGAGCCAGGGCUGGGUGCACUACAUGAUCCACGAGCCAGAGCCGCACAUCCUGCUCUUCCGCCGGCCGCUGCCCAAGAAGCCGGAGAAGUGAGAGGCCCCCGGCCCGAGCAGAGCCAGCACCUUCCUCCUCAGCAUCACCCUCGGGGAGUUUUGCCCCACGCCUCCCGGCGCUACCCGGGCGCUUC